AUGCUGGGUUGGUUCGAAGAGGAUCUAAGCAAGGCCUGGAAGCUUUUGUUCCCGAUAACACCAACCAGUGUAAGGACAGGCAAUCUACAUCUGGAUCACCCGGCAUGGGGAACGACGCCAAACCCCUGGUGGAAGUUUUUCACCGAUCUACCUCUAAUCACAGAGAAGGAAGCCGAGGACUUGAACAAGUUAAGGAGGCCUUUGGUAGUGCCCCACUUGGACGAAUCCGGAUGGGUAGUCCAAGAGAGGAAGGGAGGAAAUUCAGGAAUCUUGAAUUAUCUAGUAGUAUGGAAGCCAGAUUGGGUGGCAUCCAAGGAUCUGCUAAGGAGAAUGAGAUGGAGCAUGAUUGCCUCAUCCAUGAGGGGGCCUAACCAGAUUGAGUUUCCCAUCGAAUUUUGCACUCGAAUGAAUAUCCUGUUAUGGAACUACAGGGGUGCUCUAAAUUCGGACUUCAAACGGAGGGUGUUUGAAAUGGCUGUUAAUCACUAUCCAUCUAUAAUGGUUAUUACGGAGACUAGGGUGGGUGGAGAUCGUGCAGAAAAAAUAAUCGAAGGACUUCCUUUUGAUGGCUAUUUCUGCACGGAGACUAUAGGGUAUGCCGGAGGUCUUUGGCUCCUCUGGAAGAAAGAUGAAGUUGAUGUGUUUGUGCUGUCCUCUACGGAACAGGAAAUUCACGCCACUAUCCAGAGGCAAAUUACUGAGCUCAUUCUUGAGCGUCUUGACAGGUGCUUUGCAAACCCCUCAUGGAGAGUUCUAUUUCCUGAGGCUGUUGUCACACACUUGCCAAGGGUUUUCUCGGAUCAUUGUCCCGUCGUCUUGGAAUUGUUUAAACCGCCCCCAGCUGGUUUUGAAAAACCUUUUAGGCUUUAUACUAUGUGGCUAUAUCACCCCCAGUUCCCUGAGAUUGUGCAAAGGGCUUGGAAUUUUGAGACCAACUUGCCAAUCGCAAUAAAGAACUUCACUGCCUCUGCGAUGCAGUGGAAUAGAAAUGAAUUCGGCAAUAUCUUUGGCCGUAAGAAAAGGGUGCUGGCCAUAAUUAAUGGUACUCAAAAAGCCUUGUCUAAUGACCCAAGUCAGUUUCUUAUUCAUCUUGAAAAGGAGCUCAUUACAGAAUAUAAUUUGAUUUUACAACAAGAAGAAAAGUAUUGGGCUUUAAAGUCUCGUAUAAACUGGGCUGCUAAUGGGGAUAGGAACACGGCGUUCUUUCAUGUUUCUACUCUUGUCAGGAGGCACAUAAAUAAGAUACGUGGUUUUAAAAACUCGAUUAGAGAAUGGAUUACGAAUGAGGAUGAGAUUAAAAAUUCUAUCCAAUCUGAAUACCAACAGUUAUUUAAGACUGAACUUUCUUACUCCAGAUGGACAUCGGAGGUGGAGGAAUUCUCUUGUACCUUUUUGUCAAAUGAGGAUAGGACCAUUCUGGCUGAGCCUGUGACUGAAGAAGAUAUUAAGCAAGGGUUAUGGGCCUUGAAGCCUUUUAAAGCCCCUGGGGCCGAUGGGCUCCAUGCGGGGUUCUUCCAAUUCUUUUGGACUGAUGUGAAAAAUGCUGUUUGCAGAGAAGUGACAAGUAUCUUUGACUCACGGAUUGUUCCUGAAUACCUAAAUGAAACUUUGAUUUCCCUCAUUCCUAAAUGCCCAACCCCUGAAAGCCUUAACCACUACAGGCCUAUUAGUUUAUGUAACACUAUCUAUAAGAUUGUUUCAAAAAUUGUGGUGGGCCGCCUCAGACCUCAUCUUGACAAACUGAUAUCUCCAAAUCAAGCUGCCUUUGUACCUAGCAGGCGUGGAUUGGACAAUGUUGUGAUAGCCCAAGAACUUUUGCAUUCUCUUGACACCAAAAAAGGGAAAGUGGGGUUCAUGGCAAUUAAAGUUGAUUUGGCUAAAGCCUAUGAUCGGCUUGAGUGGUCAUUUAUUCACCACGUCCUUACUGCUUUCCAUUUGCCUUGUAUGCUCAUAGACUUGAUAAUAAGCUACAUAUCCUCAACAAGCAUCUCCAUACUCUUUAAUGGUGGCAAGUUGGAUUCCUUUAAACCCACUAGGGGUAUCCGUCAAAGGGACCCGCUCUCUCCCUACAUCUUCAUUUUGUGUAUGGAAUAUUUGGGUUACCUUAUCAACAGGGAGUGCUUGGAGAAGAGAUGGGUGCCAAUGAAAGCCUCAAGAGACAAUAUUGGGAUUUCUCACUUAUUUUUUGUUGAUGAUCUCAUGCUUUUUGCCAAAGCAAAUAUUGAAGGGGCAAAGUCUAUUAGGGAAGUUUUGCAGAAGUUUGGUGUGGAAUCUGGGCAAACGGUCAGCCUAGAGAAAUCUUGUGUUUAUUUUUCGCCUAAUGUCCCUGAGUCUACCAAAGAUAACAUAUGUGAAACCUUGGGCAUUCAAGCAACUCUCCAACUGGAGAAAUAUUUAGGCUUUCCUUUAAAACAUAGAGGGACGGGUAGGAACCAAUACAACUUUGUUGUUGAUAGGCUCAUCUCCAAACUGGCUGGGUGGAAAUCCAAACUCCUCUCCUUUGCUGGCAGAACUGUUUUGGUUAAGUUGGUUAUGACGGCCAUUCCUAACUAUGUGAUGCAAGGCAUUGCUCUCCCUACACACUUGUGUAGUAAGAUCGACAAAAUCAAUAGAGACUUUAUUUGGGGGUCUACUGAGGAAAAAAGAAGAGUACAUCUUGUUGGUUGGAGUAAAAUCAUCAAGGCAAAAGAAGAAGGCGGAUUGGGUAUCCAGGUUGCCAGAGCAAAGAACAUUGCCAUGCUUGCUAAACUUAAUUGGAGGCUCUAUCAGGAAAAGGAUUCGCUUUGGGCGAAAGUUCUUCUAUAUAAAUAUUGUUCUCGGCAUAGAAUGGAAGCCAAAAACCCAGAUAGCCUCCCAUGCUCACCUACUUGGAAAGCUAUCAAGGUUGGAUUCCCAAUCUUUGAGAAAGGAGUGUAUUGGAGUGUGGGCAGCCAGUCUCCUCUUAAUUUUUGGGAAAGUAAAUGGGUGAAAGGGUGCUCCAUAAGGGAACAAAUUGCUAGCCCGCUCAAUCUACAAGAUACUAGUCUGUCUAUUGCUGAAGUUUUCCAUGAUGGACAGUGGGAUUGGGAUAAAAUCUCUUUUGAUUUACCUUGUACAAUUAUGGAUAAAAUUAAAGCCACCCCUAUACAACUCUUUGGGGAAAAGGAGGACACUUUAAUGUGGAAAUUCUCUAAAGAUGGUGACUUUAGCAUGGAUUCGGCCUAUACUUUGGCUGGUUCCGUGGAUUCUGAUGACCAGGCUUUCACGGGUAGUUGGGUUUGGCAACUUGACUCUCUUCCAAAAAUUAUUCACUUCAUUUGGCUUGGUCUUCAUCACAGCAUCCUUGUCAGAAAAAUCAUUGCUGCAAGAGGUAUUCAGUGUAGUGUGGCUUGUCCCAUUUGCCAUACCCAUGAAGAAUCUAUUUUACACCUCUUAAGGGACUGUCCCUUUGCAAGGGAUUUUUGGAGGAAGAUUGGAACUCCUCAGGUAGUGGGGAAUUUUCUACAACUUGACCUUUCGGAGUGGUUGAAAAUUAAUUGCCUAGCCAAAGAUUUUGUUGCUGCUAAUGGUAUUCCGUGGAGAUAUUUAUUUCCUUUUGCUCUUUGGUCCUUAUGGAAACACCAAAAUCGGAUUGUCUUCGAGAAUGUCCCUAGUAAUCCGAGACUUUCUUCCUCAUGUAUUCAUCAAGCUAGAGAGUUUUUCUUUUGUAUUGGGAAACCGCAGAAACUCAAGCAGCAUAGGGUCAUUUCGGUAUGUUGGCAUAAACCACCACAAGGCUGGUUCAAGUUGAACUCUGAUGGGGCAUCCUUAGGAAAUCCGGGGAAGGCUGGAAGGGGAGGUUUGAUCCGUGAUUGUCAAGGGACUUGGGUCAAGGGUUAUAUGAGGAAUAUUGGGGUGGCCACUAACAUCAUUGCAAAAUUUUGGGCUCUAAGGGAUGGUCUUAUACUAGCUCUUAAGCUUGGAAUCACCCAUCUUCUUGUUGAACUUGAUGCAAAAGUUGUUGUUGAUCUUGUUCUUUCUAGGAAACCAUCUAACAGCCCAUACUCUUCCUUGUUGAAUGAUUGCAGAUUCCUCCUAAGUCAACUCCAGCAAGUCAGAAUUAACUGCUUUUCGGGAGGCUAA